GGUAGCCGCGCGGCGGCUCUUCAUCUUUUGCCUGAAAUGGAAAGAGACGAAGGGGUGGACAAGCCUGCCUGGAACCCACUGAUGCUUCCUCACUCGAAUUCAUUGCCGGCUUUUAAUUUCCCCCAUCGCAACGUGAUUGACUAAAAUCAUUUUGUUGUUUUAUAUUUGGGCUGGACUUUUUUUGAUUAUUAAAAAAAAAAUACCUUAUUUUGAAACCAAGCGCUGAUCACCGGACCUACAAAGUAAAAGUGAGGAAAAAAGGUACUCGAAAGGAACCCUCUGGGGUAGUUGCGAGAUCCCAGUCUUGGCCAUACCAUCAACAAAAGACACUGAGCCAAGAACAGGACCAGUUACAGCAGUUGCUCCUAGAUGCUUUCUGGAAACUGGCUGAAGUGCUGGAAGAUGGCCAGCUAUCCAUCCUCUGGGCUGGGGAUUGGUUUGUGACAUAAGUAUAUCUGAAGGUAGAAGGCCGUUUGAAACAAAACCAAGAGGAUGGGAAAGCAGAACAGUAAACUUCGUCCAGAAGUGCUUCAAGACCUGCGAGAAAAUACAGAAUUCACAGAUCAUGAGCUUCAAGAGUGGUACAAAGGUUUCCUUAAAGAUUGUCCUAGUGGACACUUAACUGUAGAAGAGUUCAAGAAAAUCUAUGCAAACUUUUUUCCAUAUGGAGAUGCUUCAAAGUUUGCAGAGCACGUGUUCCGUACCUUUGAUACAAAUGCUGAUGGAACUAUUGACUUCAGAGAAUUUAUAAUUGCACUUAGUGUCACAUCCCGAGGGAAGCUCGAACAGAAAUUGAAGUGGGCAUUUAGCAUGUAUGACCUGGAUGGUAAUGGGUACAUUAGCCGAAGUGAAAUGCUAGAGAUUGUGCAGGCAAUUUAUAAAAUGGUAUCAUCUGUGAUGAAGAUGCCAGAAGACGAAUCUACACCAGAAAAACGGACAGACAAGAUUUUCAGACAGAUGGACACAAACAACGAUGAAAGAAACUGGAGAUUUCCAAAAGGAGGAAAAAACUUCGGACAUGAGAUGGAGCCAGAAAUUCAGGUAAACUCUCUCUUGAAGAAUUUAUAAAAGGUGCCAAGAGCGAUCCUUCCAUUGUUCGACUACUACAGUGUGAUCCAAGCAGUGCCAGUCAGUUCUGAUUUAAGAAAAAUUUGUCGGGACAGUAAUAAAGAACCACUGGCUUGUCAUUCAAGCUUAGCUUGCAGCAGAUGCCUUUCACUCAUUCCUAAUGGUUUGGUGGACAGAUUCAGUUGCCAGAUUUUACUGUAUCAUGCGUUAAAGUGGCUGGCAUUCUGUUCUUUUGCAGUUACUAUAAAUGCAGCAAUGGAGCAUUUCAACAGAUAUACACAAAGUUUAAGGUUAUGUUUACAUGGCAGUUGUCUUGUUUUUUUUGAAUGCAGUUAAAGUAUCUAAUGUUUAGCUUCAAUCAAUUAUUAGUUAAGGUGGGGGGGGGGUUGUAAAUAUUCAGUGAAUGACUAUGGAAAUGUUUAUUUGAGCCUAGAUCAUAGCCAGAUGUUGAAUUAACAAUGAAUGUAGCUGACGGCUAAAAAGCUCAUCAUGAAAGCGCCUGUAGCUUCUGUGCUUCUAUUCUGUAAGAAAAUUGCUUGCACUUGAAAAACAUGGGCAUUUUAACAAUUGUUUAUGGUGGAAUGUAGUUUGAUAUUGAAGGCAGGUCUAUAUAUUAUAAUGCUGUUUAGCUUUCCCUGUAUUUCAUUUCAAAGCUGGUUUGAUACACAUAUUCAUACUGAUAUUUUGUUCAGUCACGAGUGAGCAAGACAAAUGCCAGUGAUCAUCGGAACAUUUAAUAUUUGCUUAUUAUGUAAGAUAUAUAUUGAUCACAAAUUUAAGUUGAUUUUUUUUAUUAUAAAUCAAGGAAAAUCUGUUUUUAGGAUUGUGUGACGAAGGCAAAACUUUGAAUUCAUGUUGGCAGAAUUAAAUGUUAAUUUUAAUGCAGUAGGGAUUAUUGGAGCAAAAGACAAAUUAUCUGAAAUUAUUUGCUGUUACUGAUGUAUUGCAACAUUUUUUUUGCAAUGUUUCUGUAUUUUCAGCUGUCAGUAGUUCGAACCUUGUGUAUCUCAAGUGUUACUAGACAUCCGCCUACUGCUGGGACGUGUAGCAAAAUAAAGUCUACCUUUUCUUGUCA